AUGGAUUGGUUAGUAGAGCUCAAUAACCUGUGUACCAAGCAUACAUAUGGCAGGUCUAGCUCCAAAUAUAUACAGCACUGUGUUAUUGACAAAUCACUGCUGGUUAAAAUCUACAGAUGUUGCCACAAGCAACUCACAGAUGAGGUCAAGCUACUAGGCCUGACAUAUAGACACAUUGUGAGAGAUAUAAAGAAAAUCUACACCAAGCUGGGAAUCCAUAUUCAGAUAGCCCAUCCCAAUGAGACCCAAAGGGACUGCUGUAUGUUGUAUUCAAUUCCAGAUAUGCUGGACAAAGGGCUUGCCACAUGGGCCAAAAUGGACAAAGGCUCAGGGGCUGGCACAGAUGGUAAUGAUAACAUUGGGGCAGUGGUUGAGAUGGAGGAUCUCAAAGUUAAUGAAUAG